AUGGCGUCUCAAUCUGCUCCAUCUACACCCAGAGCCGUAUCGGUGCCCGCCCCUGUCCCGGAUGCCUCACGGACGCCUGGAAAAUGGCGCCAUCCUCACCUCAAUGAAAUUGUAAGGCGACAGAAUGCUGGAACAUUCGGAGAUCGCAAUAUUCGAAAGCUUGUUUGGAAUGGGGCCGCCUUGAUUGCGACCUGGGUAUUCGGAAACACGGUUAAAUCAUAUUCGCUUCGCCUACAGAACUUGGGCCAGUACCCCGCUUAUCCAGAGCUUGCGCUGCUCGUCGUGCAGCUCAUUCUUGUGUUGAACAUCCUGGUUGCAUUAUACCCUGUGUUCCGGCCGAAAGAUGACCUUUCCGAUAUCCCUCUCACUCCUACACAGCGUUCCCUGCUCGGACUUGAUCCGUCCGCGACUCCACCGCUUAUACCGGGGACUACAUACAUUACACCACCGAGGUAUCGACUGUCUGCCUCGAGAACAGCGACUCCAGCGAGCAAAGGUGCAUCGUCCCCCCUAUCCGGAAGUGCUGGUCUUUCAGGGCGUAGACUUUCGUCGGGCGCAUCAUUUUCGCCAUCGACAAGUCCGCUACUGUACAAAGCCGUAUCGAAUGGAGGCAAGGAGAACGGGCGACGGCCAAGCUUCGGGUCUUCUUCGGUAUUCAGUCGCAGCUCGCUUUUCGGGGAGUCUAGCAUAGGGCCCGCGAGUCCUUCGCCUGUAGGGGGCAAGCGCGCUAACCUGGGAUUAAGCAACAAGUGGUUUUAUAAGGCCAUCAAUCCGCGCCGGUGUCGCUUCACUAUGGGAGCCUCGGAGUCGAAGUUGGUCUUCAAGCAGGGAAUCUUCCGUCUCUCAGAGGAGAGGGACAUCCCUGCUGACGAUCCUUACUGGACCAGAUUCUGGGAGCUCCCUGAGUCGACAGAGGAUGUAUUCAGCUUAUUCACCCCCGCAGAUAUACGACGGACGCGCGAUCAAGCAUUAUCUAAUUUCGAGACACUAUUGCUUUCGAUAACCUCUCGUCUUACCGUCCUGAAGAAUCAUCCGUCUUUUCCAGAUCCCGACCUUGCUCCCGAGAGAGACGCUCUCAACUGUAUCCGCAUACUCACGCGCAUCCUUCCCUUCAUCUACGAGGCUGAGCACCUAGAAGAAUGGGAGGAGAAAUUCUUUUGGGGUCGACGCAAGAAGAAGACUAGAGAACCUCAAGUGGAAGCAGAAGUGCUGUUUGAUGAAGCGCAGGCUGAAGGACGGCAGGAGGAGAUGUUGCCUCGGGCCAAUGACUACGAAGAUGUGAAGCCCUUGGCCGAGGAAUUGAUUGACACCCUGUUAGACCUUUUAUUCUAUACAGACUUUACGAUCCCAAAGCUCCCAACGGCUAAAGGUAAGGUAUCGUACUCGAUAUGGCAAAGUGGUGUUGGCUGCAAUACUUCCAUGGGCUCCAGCAAAGAGCUCGAAGGCAACCGCUGCGAGAUUUUGCGACUAUUGCUCACAUUAACUGGAAAGGCCAUGUACAUGCCUUUGAGUAAGGUUCUUUGUCUUCGAUAUAUGGGACGCAACGCUGACGACCCUGGAGGUCUCUUACCUGUUCAGGGUGUUAAGGCCAUUACCUACAUUACGACCUGCCCUGACAAGCAAGUUGUCCUCACAUUGCUAUGCUCAUUGCUAAAUACUUCUAUCAAGUACAACCCUGCGUCAUGGAGGGUUCCAUAUGACCAUGUGGUCUGGAAAGAUUCCAAGCAGAUCUUAGUUAUAUACUGUCUACAACUUCUUCUUGUUCUCCUCCUAUAUCCUAUCCCGGAGGAUGGUCGUGGAACACCGCCGAAGAACUAUUAUCGCCAUUACUUUGGUCGGCUGCACCGACCGCAAGACUUUCAAUUCCUUGUCGAUGGCAUGACUAGAAUCUUGAAUCAACCUAUGCAAGUCACAAACUCGUACCUUCCAGGCAGCCAGAAAUCCGUCAGAUGGGCUCCGGAAAUGCUCAUCUUAUUCUGGGAGGCCCUGCAGUGCAACAAGCGAUUCAGGUCAUUUAUCAUUGACUCAAAUCGCUCCCAUGACUUUGCCAUUCUCUGUAUCUUUUACGCUAUUGAGUACAAAUCUGACGCGUCCAAGCAAGGCGUUGUCAGAAUGUGCAUCUUUAUUUUGCAAACAAUGAGUGUCGAACCGAAUUUUGGAAGAAGUCUUAACAUGGAAUUUGAGGCUCAGGAGACGCUGCCUCAAAACAUUCGUAUUCCUGGCUUCAAGGGUACCUAUGGGGAUUAUCUGGUUAUGUCCAUCCAUACUCUGCUUACCGCAAGCAAAGGCAAGCUGAAUGCUGUCUAUCCGGCACUUUUAGCGAUCAUCAACAACGUGGCUCCUUACUUGGAACGGCUUUCACCCGCCACCUGCUCCAGAUUUCUGCAGCUCUUCUCCUCGAUGUCCGCUCCCAGUUUCCUCCUAGCUAACGAAACGAACCAUGCCCUCCUAGCCUCAGUGCUUGAAUCUAUAAACUCGAUACUUGAACACCAGUUCACCAAAAACUCGUUCUUAGUAUAUGCCAUCCUAAAGUACAGGAAACGUUUUGAAGCUGUCCGAGCUUUCACCCUCGAAAGUGGACAGCAAGAGAUCGAACGCCAAAAUGAAAGAAGGAAAGCUAAAGCUGCAUCUCGCGACUCAUCCUCUAGCCCUACCUUCUCGCAGGCUGAAGAGGAUCCUCAUGUGUCAUCGGGUGCACGUUCGCCCUUGACUCGUAUUCCUGAAGAGAAUAGCCCUUUCGCUAUUGGCGGGGACGAAUCUGAUGACCAACGAGACGGGCAAGAAACACCGUCGCAGUCUUCGCCCUCCCUGCACAACUCAAGAAGGCCUUCGACCUCAUCAGCUAUCGAUGAAAAUGUGCCACUACAGUUACGGGGAAUGUCUGAGAAGGCUAGAGGUAAGAUGCCUGCUGGGCAGCCAUCUUUCUCCCGGCAGAACAGCAUCACCAGUCAGAGUAGCAUGUCUGCCAUUUUCUCCACGUCCAGCGGUUUUACCCCGACUGUUACUUGGCUGGAGUCGUGGCUACCAGAGCUUCCUCUUCACACUAUUCUCACGAUCAUUUCGGCCAUUGCUCCCCACAUUCCCGAGUCGGCUUUCCAGACCGCGUCAAGCCCGGAAGCUCGCACUUUAAUUGCAAAUCUUCCCUCCUUUGCAGAAGAGCCCACAAUUCAAGCCCUGUCCCUGGGCUGGUAUGAGUCUUUACUUUGGGGAUUCAUCUUUUCUAGUGAGAUGGUGGUUGGCACAGCAUCCGGAGCUACACCCGGCACUGUUGGCGUGUGGAACGGAACGGGAAUCAAACUCUUCAGGGUUCAGGAGGCGGCCGCGCAAGGUCCAAGUUUACUCGCUCCGAAAGGCGCAGUCGACGCGGUGGGAAGCAACUUGGUGCAGCGCAUCGGAAAUUUGAGUCUCAGGCGCAGUAGUACACAGGACUCCCAGAGCGGCUCAAGACCACCAUCUGUCCGAGAAGUAUAG